AUGGUGGCUCCCGAUUCCGAGGCUACUUCGAAUCCUCGGAUAACGGCUGCACACGAAAGUCCCUCUGCCGCCGAGGCGCGUCACAGCGCUGAUUUGUACAUACGUACCAGCUGGGUUGACGCAGCUUUAGCCCUCUCUGAACUUGAAAAGGGCAAUAUAGAAGGAGGGAGAUCCUCGCUGUGGAUUCGGGCUUGGUUGCAGGAGCAACUCUUUAUUUUGGGGUGCUUCCUUCAAGGCGACGCGGGGAAAGUGCUUUUCGUGGCUAUAUUAGUCCUAUCUACGUUCUGUGUCGGCCUGAAGUCCGCACAAAUACACACAAGGGUCGAUCAACUCUGGGUUCAAGAGGGUGGAAGACUAGAAGCUGAACUAAAAUACACGGCGCAAGCAUUAGGUGAAGCAGAUUCCUCCACGCAUCAGCUUGUGAUUCAGACGGCGAAGGAUCCAGACGUGUCUUUACUGCAUCCGGGGGCAUUACUUGAGCACUUGAAGGUGGUGCACGCUGCGACUCGGGUGACGGUGCAUAUGUAUGAGAUCGAAUGGCGUCUCAAGGACCUCUGCUACAGCCCAAGCAUCCCAGACUUCGAAGGCUACCACCACAUCGAGUCGAUCAUCGACAACGUCAUACCAUGCGCCAUCAUAACUCCUCUAGACUGCUUCUGGGAAGGCUCCAAGUUAUUGGGUCCGGAUUAUCCGAUUUUUGUGCCACAUCUGAAGCACAACAAAUUACAAUGGACCCAUCUCAAUCCCCUCGAGGUGAUAGAAGAAGUGAAGAAGCUGAAGUUCCAGUUCCCGCUCAGCACGAUGGAGGCAUACAUGAAGCGUGCUGGCAUCACGUCCGCCUACAUGAAGAAGCCGUGCCUGGAUCCCUUGGAUCCGCAGUGCCCAGCCACAGCGCCCAACAAAAAAUCUGGACAUAUUCCAGAUGUCGCAGCAGAGCUAUCUCACGGAUGCUACGGUUUCGCGGCAGCCUACAUGCAUUGGCCAGAACAGCUGAUAGUGGGCGGUGCGACCAGAAACUCUACAUCAGCCUUGCGAAGCGCCAAAGCCCUGCAAACCGUCGUCCAGCUGAUGGGAGAAAGAGAAAUGUACGAAUAUUGGGCGGAUCAUUACAAAGUGCACCAAAUCGGCUGGAAUCAAGAGAAGGCUGCCGCCGUCCUAGAUGCGUGGCAGAGGAAGUUUUCUGCUGAAGUAAGAAAGAUAACCACAUCUGGCCAAGUGUCGGCAGCGUAUAGUUUCUACCCGUUUUCGACUUCGACGCUCAACGAUAUCCUUGGGAAGUUCUCUGAAGUGUCUCUGAAAAACAUUGUCCUGGGCUAUAUGUUGAUGUUGAUUUACGUGGCCGUUACGUUAAUACAGUGGCGGGACCCGAUCCGUUCUCAAGCUGGAGUUGGUAUAGCUGGUGUCCUUCUACUUUCUAUAACCAUUGCAGCGGGUUUAGGCUUUUGCGCUUUGUUAGGCAUACCAUUUAACGCUUCCAGUACGCAAAUAGUUCCAUUCUUGGCGCUAGGUUUAGGAGUCCAAGACAUGUUUCUUCUUACUCACACGUAUGUGGAACAAUCCGGAGACGUUCCAAGGGAAGAAAGGACUGGUCUUGUGUUAAAGAAAAGCGGUUUGAGCGUGCUCCUGGCUUCUCUCUGCAACGUGAUGGCAUUUUUAGCGGCAGCUCUGUUACCUAUACCGGCGUUUAGAGUGUUUUGUUUACAGGCGGCAAUACUCUUGCUAUUCACUCUUGGUUCAAUGCUAUUGGUAUUUCCGGCGAUGAUUUCACUCGAUCUGCGGAGGAGAUCUGCUGCUAGAGCAGAUCUGUUAUGCUGUUUGCUGCCAGAGAGUCCACUACCGAGGAAGAAGCUUCCAGAAAGAACUAAAGGCCGUAACAUGCGAAAUGAAAAGAAUAGGAUUGAUUCAUCUCGACAACCUUUGGACCCCGAAGUGACAGAAGAAGCAAAAACUUGCUGUCUCAGCAUCUCACUAACAAAAUGGACAAAGAACCACUACGCACCGUUUAUCAUGAGGCCAUCUGUUAAAGUGACGUCGAUGUUGGCAUUAAUAGCUGUGAUAUUGGUCAGCGUAUGGGGAGCUACUAAAGUGAAAGAUGGUCUAGACCUCACAGAUAUUGUACCAGAAAACACGGAUGAGCAUGAAUUUCUGUCACGUCAAGAGAAGUAUUUCGGCUUCUAUAACAUGUACGCGGUCACUCAAGGAGACUUCGAAUACCCAACGAACCAGAAACUACUCUACGAAUACCACGAGCAAUUCGUGCGAAUCCCGAAUAUUAUUAAGAAUGACAAUGGCGGUCUUCCUAAAUUCUGGCUAACACUCUUCAGGGAGUGGCUUUUGGAUCUUCAAGCAGCAUUCGACAAGGAAGUAGCUAACGGUUGUAUAACGCAAGAAUACUGGUGCAAGAACGCAAGCGACGAAGGUAUACUGGCAUACAAGUUGAUGGUACAAACCGGACACGUGGAUAAUCCAAUAGACAAGUCUCUAAUUAACUCUGGUCACCGUUUGGUGGAUAAGGAUGGUGUAAUCAAUCCGAAGGCAUUCUAUAAUUACUUAUCAGCGUGGGCCACUAAUGAUGCACUAGCGUAUGGAGCGUCCCAAGGGAACUUAAAACCUCAACCGCAAAGAUGGAUUCACUCACCAGAGGAUGUACACUUGGAGAUUAAGAAGUCCUCUCCCCUGAUUUACACUCAACUUCCAUUCUACUUAUCUGGUCUCAGCGAUACGGAUAGCAUUACGACGUUAAUUAUGGCUGUUAGGGACUUAUGUUUGAAGUACGAAGCGAAGGGAUUGCCCAAUUUCCCAUCGGGGAUUCCGUUUUUGUUCUGGGAGCAGUAUUUGUAUCUGCGGACUUCGCUGUUGUUGGCUCUCGCUUGUGCAUUGGCGGCUGUUUUUGUGUGCGUGAUGAUAGUGGUAUUGAACGCGUGGGCUGCUCUUCUCGUGACGGUUUCAUUGGGUGCAUUGGUCCUGCAACUGGUUGGUGCUAUGUCGCUGCUGGGUGUGAAAUUGUCGGCGAUGCCAGCUGUUCUGCUCGUGUUGGCGAUUGGGCGGGGCGUGCAUUUUACUCUGCAUUUGUGCUUAGGCUUUGUAACGUCGAUUGGAUGCAAGCGACGUCGAGCCAGUCUAGCCCUAGAAAGUGUUCUAGCUCCUGUUGUACAUGGUGCUGUAGCGGCUGCGUUAGCUGCUUCUAUGUUAGCAGCAAGUGACUUUGGCUUCGUAGCCAGAUUGUUCCUACGGCUAUUGUUGGCUAUGGUCGUUUUGGGAUUAGUUGAUGGACUUCUGUUCUUCCCGAUUAUUCUUUCGAUAUUGGGACCCGCGGCGGAGGUACGACCCUUGGAGCACCCCGAGCGUCUCUCAACGCCGUCGCCUAAGUCAUCUCCCGUCCAUCCUCGCAAGUCUAGUUCUAGUUCAAAUGGUGAUAAAUCUAGUAGGACUAAGUCUGCGCCCAGACCCUCCGCCCCAUCUCUCACUACUAUCACAGAGGAACCUUCAAGUUGGCACAGUUCAGCACAUUCAGUACAAUCUUCGAUGCAGUCGAUAGUUGUACAACCGGAAGUCGUUGUUGAAACCACCACAUAUAAUGGAAGUGACUCAGCCUCUGGUAGAUCGACUCCAACUUCUAAGUCCUCUCAUGCUGGAUCUAUAACGACUAAGGUGACCGCUACUGCAAAUAUAAAGGUUGAAGUUGUAACACCGGGCGACAGAAAAUCCCGCAGAUCGUACCACUACUAUGAUCGACGUAGAGAUCGUGACGACGAGCGGGAUAGAGAUAGAGACCGCGACAGAGACAGAGAUAGGGAUCGAGACCGCGAGAGGGAAAGGGAUAGAGAUAGGGAGCGUGACAGAGACCGCUCCCGUGAACGGGAUAGACGAGACCGGUAUAGAGACGAACGGGAGCACCGGGCGUCGCCCAGGGAAAACGGUCGGGACUCAGGACACGAGAGCGAUUCAUCGAGACAUUAA